GCUGAUUGGUGGUGUGUGGUCACGUUUUUAUGUUGGUAAAACUUCUGUCAUAUGAUUUUUGGGGUUGUGUCUGUCAGAUCUGCUAGAAGAUGAAUAAAAUUGUGAUUUUUUGUUCUGUACUUAUUGCUACAGUUUACGCAAAGGGCGAAUUCACAGUCCUUCACCACCCUUCCAGUGUAAUCCUUAAAGGACAUGAUCAUUUAAAGGAAACAGCGUUGCCAGAGGUCUACUCGGCAGUUUUAGGUUACUCCACAGAACAUAAUACUAACUGGCAAGGUCUUUACAUUGAUGACCCGUUUCACUUGGCCCAGGCUGUAUUUACAGUGGUUGUGGAUGGUGUGAGCGAUAUUGGGCAGCAAAAAGGGCAUCAUUUUCCCUUAAAAACUAACGAUGAUGACGCUAGAGUUUUCAGGGUUCUUGAAAAAAGGGUUUUGGAGAGAAACCCAGAAUCUGACACAAAUUUGGUCAGUGUUGAUCUUUCCAAUGGCUUGGAGGAGCUCAACAAAUACACCAUUUUCCAAGACAUCAAGUCCGAUAAACCCAAAAAAACUCAUCACAACUACCUUAAAUGGUCUGUAGAUGAGGACAGACAGUUCUUAACCGAAUUAAACUUAUUAAAAAUAAUCGCCGAUAAAAUUGAAGAAGGUGCCAUUGAGGUUGACAGCAUCCCAGAUGUUUUUUGGUUCAAAUUUACUGCCCUAAACGCCCUUACCAGUUUAUAUGGUGACAAUAGCACUGUUGUCAAAGAAGCCAAGCAAUUGUUGAAUGAGGCUAUUUUACAUUUAAAUGCUGCUGCCCAUAAGGCAUACAAAGGGGCUGUUUUUGUAAAUGUUAUCACUAGCGAUGCCAUUCACACCAGACGAGCUAGAGAUGUCCUUGCUGCAGAUGCACCAAAAACAAUUGAUCCUAAGGCACCAACAAUUGAUCAUAACUUGGCCAAAAACUACAGUGAAGAUUACCCAGUGAUUUUCAACAUGAUGCUUUGGUUCACUGUAGUGAUGAUUUUUUCCCUUUUGGCCAUUUGUUUGGCCAUUGCCAAUAUGGAUCCUGGAAGAGAUUCUAUUAUUUAUAGAAUGACCAGCACAAGAAUGAAGAAAGACAACUAAAUUUCAGUAUUUCAGUUUUUAGGUGGUUUUUUGUAAAAUUAUUACAUUUUUUGUCAUAUUAUUACAGUGAGUCUUCUAAAAAUGCUUUAAUUAAAACUGUAGUUUCUUAGCAUAAAUCACAAAUUGUGUUUUAACUGUGGUAAAAAAUGUUUAGAUUUAUUUUUAGUGUAUAUUGUAAAAUACUUGUUAAUUUUUCUGUUACAUAAACGUAUUUCACCAUUAUUUUAUUUAUUAAUUAAGAAAUGACUGUGUAAAUAUUCAUUACUUAAUGUAAUUUUAUUAAAAUAUAAUUUACAUUCCUCAC